AUUAUAUUAAAAUUCUAAUCCAAAACCCUAAAUUCUUUGCUCAUCUUCCACUGAAACCGUAAGUAGAAGAUCGGAGAGAAAAUAUGGCGGCCGGCGAUCGCACCGUUUUGCAGUUUAACUCACCGUCAUCGGCGAGCCUGUCAGCGAAAGUUCACCCUCUCGUCAUAUUUAACAUCUGCGAUUGCUACGUCAGGCGUCCCGACCAAGCCGAGCGCGUCAUCGGCACGCUCCUGGGCUCCGUCCUCCCUGAUGGCACCGUCGAUAUCCGUAACUCCUAUGCAGUUCCUCACACGGAGUCCGCUGAACAGGUUGCUUUGGAUAUUGAAUACCAUCAUAAUAUGUUAGUCUCCCACCAAAAAGUGAAUCCCAAAGAAGUGAUUGUUGGAUGGUAUUCUACCGGGCUAGGAGUCACAGGGGGCAGUGCAUUGAUCCAAGAUUUUUAUUCUAGAGAAGUACCUAACCCUAUUCAUUUGACGGUGGAUACGGGGUUUAGGAAUGGAGAGGGUACCGUAAAGGCUUUCGUUUCUGUCAAUUUAGCUCUUGGAGACCGACAACUUGCUGCUCAAUUUCAAGAAAUUCCUCUUGAUCUAUGUAUGGUUGAAGCUGAGCGAGUUGGAUUUGACAUUCUCAAGAAAACAGCGGUCGACAAACUUCCAAAUGAUUUGGAAGGAAUGGAAGUCACAAUGGGAAGGCUAUUGGCUUUGAUAGACGAUGUCUACAAAUACGUUGAUGAUGUUGUGGAAGGCCGUGUUCCAGCCGAUAACAACAUAGGUAGAUUUAUAGCAGAAACAGUAGCUUCCUUACCUAAACUAUCUCCCCCAGCUUUCGAUAAACUCAUGAAUGAUAGCCUACAGGAUCAAUUGCUGUUACUAUACUUAUCGAGCAUCGCUAGAACUCAACUCGGGUUAGCCGAAAAGUUGAACACGGCAGCUCAGAUUCUGUAAACUUACUUCCAAGUGAUUAAUUUUUGGAUCUGGCAUUUUCAGUUUUUGAUUUAUUUUUAACUAAUAGCCUGUAGUUUUGCCAAGAUGCUUCUUUUCCUUUAACGAAUAACCUUUGUUUCAGUGAGUCUAAUUUACCAUAUAUUGUUUUUUAA